CUUGUCGUCUCCUAUGUGUUUCACAAAAACCCUAGAACUUUUUGCUCUCUCACAUGUCCAAAGAUAAAUCACCACCCUCCGACGGUUUGAUUCCGAAGCUAGCCGCCACAAUUGUCGCCGCCCUUGGUCCACUGUGCCGCCGUCUCUCUCUUCCGACGAUCACGCCGUCUCCUUCUCUCCGGUUGUCCAGUCCCUCGAUGGCCACUGCACCUAACUCUCCGGAGACCCGCGAGCCUCAACAAAUCCCCGGUUCCCCACAACCAGCUCGUUCCGGUCGUCGUCGUCGUGGUGGAUUUCCGGCAGGCAAGCGCCGCCGCCUGGUGGAUGAGGAGAUCGCCUAUCCGGAUCUCUUGAAUCCCGACCACCAAGUGCUCCGCCCCUAUCUUUUCGCCUCUGCAUCUGAGCCGGGAUCCUCGUCACACCCACCGGCGUCCACUGCCGCCGAUCCGCAGAUCGUGCCCGAUGAGGAGAUGCCGGAGCAGCCGCACCAUCCUGGUUCUUCUAAGUCUCCUCUCCGCCUCACUCCCUCUGCUCCACCGCCAUGUGCCACUGGUGAGGUCUCUCCAUCUCGCCACAUCCCAUCUCCGGUGGCUGACUCGUCCGAUUCCGACGUAACCAUUCCUGGUUUUGGUUUUGGUGAUGAGGAUGCUUCAGAGGUACCCUUGGUUCCUUUUGCUGAUCGUGCUGCAGCUCACAGGAGCUUAGUUGCAGAUCGGGACCACGCUGAUCCUGAUUUUCGUCGCUCCAGUACCAAGCCACACAAUCCCAUCUACAUCUCGGCUCAAGCUGUCAAAAGAUACAAACACAUCUCCAAGCGCCAGUUCAUCACUCAGAAGAAUUUCCCUUUGGUUCCUGGAAAUCCAAACAGGGAAGUGGUGCAAUUUUUUCUUGAAUCUACAGGUAUGACUCCCACUGUUCUUGAUAUGGAGCCAUAUGUUCAAGAGAUUGUGAAGGAAUUCUAUGCAAAUCUUGCUGAGUUUGAGUCUCGUGAAGAUGAUCUUCAAUUUGUCUAUGUUCGUGGGCAUAUGUUUGAGUUUUCACCUGCCCUCAUCAACAAGCUGUACCUGAUUGACUCCUCUCGUUUUGAUGUUACCAAGCCAGUCAUUCAGUCUGCAGCCUCAGAGGAUGAUCUUGCUGUUCUUAUGUCUGGAGCUAAGGUCACACGUUGGGCUGAUCUCAUCACGAAGAGGUUCUCAUGCUCUAUGAAGAUGUUUCACAAGAUCUGCUGCGACAACUGGAUUCCGGGCACCAAUCGCACCACCCUUCGUGUAGAUCGUUUGCGGCUGAUUGAUAUGGUGAUGGAUAAUAAGCCAUUCAACUUUGGGAAGUUAGUCUUUGAGCAUGCCCUGCAUUUGUCCAAGCUCGGACCCAAUUCCACGCACCGUCUUGCAUAUCCUAACUUGAUCUAUCAGUUGGAGGCUUCUGAGGUUCUGGAUGAGGCACCACCAGCUCCGACUUCGAGGACUCUGCUUCGAGAUGAUCUUGCAGACCUUCUUGCUGUUGGUGAACGGAUGAAGCGUCGCCUGGAAGGGGGAGAAUAUGGUAAUUUUGAUGAAGCUGUUGCUGGUGCUGGAGAUCCUGCUGGGGAUCCUAGUGAUGAGGAGGCUAGUGGCUGAGUAGUUUAGGCUAGGCUAUUAGUAA